AUGGAUCGGAUCUCUGAUCAAGACGUUUUGAACGAUUCCACCGAGCAAGUUUCGAAUGAUGACAUUCAAAAUGGCGGCAGAGCCAGACAAUUCACGACCAAGACUCUUGAGCUGCCUUGCAAUCUCGAUGAAGUCGUUAAGACCAUCCAAUCUGCCAAGAAUAUUCUAGUCGUGACGGGUGCAGGUAUCAGUGCGAGCUGCGGCAUUCCUACGUUCCGAGGAGAUGGUCAAUUUUACAGUACUGUUGCAAGAGAGUUCAAUCUUCCCUAUCAACAUGCUGUGAUGGAUAUCAAUUAUUUCAAAGAGGACCCUAGGCCAUUCUACAAAGUCGCUCAAAGGAUCUACCCUGACAACCACAAAGCGAGCCUGUCUCAUUUGUUCAUCAAAAAGCUUGAGGAGGCGGGCACCUUACUCCGUGACUAUACGCAGAAUAUUGAUACCAUGGAGAGGAGCGCAGGUAUUGAACGAGUUGUGUAUUGUCAUGGUUCAUUUGCGAAAGCCAAAUGCACUCGUUGUGGCGUUGAGAUUGAUGGUCGGGAAAUCAAAUCCGAGAUAUUAGCUGGAGAGGUUCCGCGAUGCCGAAGAUCGCAACAGACUUUCAACGUCUGUGAACUUACCUGCAUGUUGCAGUGUGGUGGAGUGAUCAAACCAUGCAUAACAUUCUUCAAUGAGCCUUUGCCUGAAGAAUUUCACGAGACCUUUCAAAGCGAUGCACGCAGAGCUGAUCUCCUCAUUGUGAUGGGAACUUCGUUGUCCGUGGCUCCAGUUUCAUACAUACCGAUGAUUUUACGCAAUAUUCCAUCAAUUUUCAUCAAUGUUGAUGCUGUUCCCGGCAGCGAGGUAAAGGCA